UGUGGCCUCACGGGCCUCACUGUGUCUGCCAUUUUCAAUUUUCAUAGUCUGCUGACCGUAAUCUUGCUGCUUAUGUGUACCUGCGCUUAUAUCGGAUGCUUGGCACCCAGCCUCCUGGACAGAAAUAAAGCUGGGUUGUUGGGUAUACUUUGGAAGUGUGCCAGAAUUGAUGAACGUGAGAGUCCUUACAUUGCAGUAUGCUGUGGUGCGAUGGCCUUCAGCAUCCUCUUCAUACAGUAGCUUGGAAAAAUGCCAGAAUUCAGCUGCCAUCAGAUUUAAAUAUGAAAAAAAAGGACUUAU